AUGACCGAAUGGUAUCCUCCACCGGGCUCCGACGGGAUUCUGCUCUUGAAGAUUAACACCGCCUUCAUUGCUGUUUCUACUGUCAUUGUAGCGACUCGCCUGAUAAUAAGAGCGUUUGUAAUUCGCAAUCUCGGCAUCGAUGACCUGGUCUCUACCAUUGGGCUUUCUCUAACCGCCUUAGCCGUCUUCAAUGGGUCAGGAACACGAAUGGAGGAGGUCCCGCCAGACAAGCGUAUAAAGUUCUUCAAUAUGCUCCCGAUAGAGAGAUUACUCUACUUCUGGGCGAUAGGUUUUGUGCGGCUCUCCGUGGUUGCCUUCUAUCCUCGCCUUAAAUGCAACGACAGGUGGUUCGCUUGGAGUAUCUACAUCAUUGUCUUUGUCAUUGCGGCCAGCACAAUUAUUCCCUUCUUCUUCUUCCUGGUCGACUGUAAGCACAUCCCUGAUUUGUGGGAUUAUGCGGCGCCACACAGAGAAUGUCGCGAUAUCUGGCCACAGCUAUGGAUGCUAUGGGCAACCUGUGCCGUAGGGAUCGCCCUUGAUAUGUGUCUACUCGCUGUCCCAAUUGUGGUGAUUUGGAAAUCGAUGAAGUUUUCCAAUAAACUACCUCAAGUACUCCUUGUGUUCUCCGUUGGCAUUUUUGCCAUGAUUACUUCGGUGGUCCGCUUGGUUAUAAUGUCCACUACCAACUACGAAAUAGAUACGACCUAUAAGAUGAUUACCAUUGGUCUCUGGACAAGUCUUGAAGGCCACGUUGGGCUCUGGAGUGCAUGCUUUCCAGCUCUGCAGCCUCUUCUCCGAGACAUUGGGCAUUUCUGGUUCAGCUUACUUGGUAAAGGCGGAUCUCUCAGGAAGAGUACUGAAGCCAGAAAAAACCUCGCCGAGAGCUCUGAAGCGAACAGCCGCAAUAUCUCUGCUAUCUGA